CCACAUCGGAUCGGUUCAAAAGUUUUCCGAUUCAACUCGCCGCAACAUAAAUCGUUCAACACCCAAUCGAAGUAGACGUCGUACGUUCGCGCACGCAAUCCCCCCCGGUGAUAAAAACGUGUGUAAUCUGUUGGAAGAAGAGCAGCACCCGGCAAGUGGAAGGUACCUGAUCUCGUGUGGAAACAGCGGACACCGAACCAGUUCCGGUUUUUAAUUGAAGCACUUAUCGGUUAGAAUAUUAGGCAGAAAUGUCCGCCGCCGUGUCGAAUCAACAGAAAACAAUCGAAAUCCUGCGGGAAACCGAACGCGUUGCCGAUCAGGUGCUCAUGCGAAAACAGGAGCUGAUAGCCCUGGAUAAACGGCGACAGGAAACGCGUGAAGCAACGCGAACACUGAAAAAUUCUUUCCCCAGUGGCAGCGCCAAGGUAUGGAUUACCGUUGGCUCGAUGCUGAUGAAAAUGCCCCGGGACAAGGCGCUGGAGCUGCUCGAGAAAGAUGCGGCCCAGAUCGAGCAGGAAAUCAAUCGCCUGAGGGCGGAACAGAAAGUGCUGGUCAGCAAACAGCGGGACCUGGAGCACGAGAAGCCGUUGCGGGGCUUCGAUUUGAAGCCGCUGACUGCGGCCGAAAUUUCCGCCAUCAAGGCCAAUGCACCGGCUUUUUAGGGGAACUAAUUUUAGUUGUCCUAGUAUGAUCUCUGAUGUAUCUUUCUCAUUUAUUUGAUUUUUUUUAAUGUAUUAAUAAAGUAUAACUCCCUAUCUAAUAAAAGGUGUCAUCCAUCAAAUAUGAAUAAAAAAAAGUUUCUUGUUUUGAGAAAUAUUUAA